AUGCAGGGCCUCGGAGAUCUGGCUUCCAGGUUCCCCAGACUCCCACAAGGAGCGGCUGGAGAGCCCAGCAAGCGAAGUUGUCAGGUCAGGCACCCCAAGGCCCUGCGAGGAGACGGUGGAAGAGGGUUUGGGAGCUGGGGACCCGAGUCACCUCCCCGGGCAACCCGGACGUUCCCGGGUCCCCCUGCCCAGGGCAGCCUACAAGAGCCUGACCUGGCGCCCCCUCCAGCUUUCGCAGUCGCCGCUCGGGGCGGCCCGAUCGGUGCCCGGGACAGGGGGCCCCGCCCCGCCCGCGGCCGGGAGGAGAGAGGCGGGAGGAGGGAGCGCGCCCACACCCCGCCCCCGCCCCCGGAGCCAGCCCGCGGAGCCCGCGGCCAGGGCGGCGCAGACCGGCCCAGCCACUCUCCAGGGCUGCGCGCGGGGACGCGCUGCCGCCGCCGCCGCGUCCGCCCUUCACCCCCGGCUCUCGGGGCGCGCGGAGAGAAGGUAACCGCGAGCUGGCCCGCUGGUCGUCGAACCCAGGGUGAGCGUGGAUCCGGGCAGGGGGAUCGCGGCGCCGAAACGUCUUGGCAACCCCUAGGUUCUUGGGACCGGGGCGGGGGAGGGGACCAGCCUGCCAAAGUCGCCCCGGUGCCAAGGGACAGGCCGGGAGCGCCGGCCGCGGGAACGGCGCGGGGACGCUCCAAGUUUUCGGUGGUUUCGCCCUGGUCCCGGCGAGUAGAGGGCGGCAGAGAAUUGGAAGGUAAAGCGGGUUGCGGGAGGAGGGGGCGAGCCGAGGGCAGUCUACGCUCCUUCCUGCCCUGGGAAAGGAAGGGAAGGAACGGGGAGGGGGCCAUGUGUCGGAAUGUCGGGCCCCUUGGCGAGGCCGGCGGGGAGAGCGGGAAGUGGGGGGGACCGCUGGGGAGAUGGUCCAGGCACCCUGCCCCCUCCCCAACCGCCGCAUUCCUGGCCGGAGCCGCGGGUGAGGUCAUCCCGUCCGGUUCCCCUCGGGCCAAGGCAGCCGGCUGCCCCUUCCCCGCGGAACGACGACCCUCCAGCAUUCUAACCCCGUGCCUCCCAGAGGGAAUGUUUUCUGGCCAAAAUCUUUCCGGGACUUCCCAUCCCUACCGCCCUCGAGACUGUUCUGUUCUCGCCAAGCCAUCUGAGACUCACGAAGUUUGA